UUAAAAAGGGCUGGAUCCGAAGCAACCCGAAACUAAAUUGGUUUUCUUCAUCGUCUUCUUCUCUCCCUCCAUCUUCCACCUCCAGAUUCAACUUUCAGACCUACCAACAAUUUCCGAUAAAAAAAACAAAUUUACAGCAACAAUCUUCAUCAUCAUCGAAGAAUCAUGGAACCCGCAUCUCAAAAUUUCCAGAUAUUCGUUCGAUUCCCAGAAUUCCGAAUUCCCACCCGUGCCCUAAUUUUCCAAAACCCUAAUCCCAAUCUCACUCUGCACCACCUCAAAUCUUCCCUCUUCCCCACAAAUUCGAUUCCCCACAGUUCCCUUUUCUUCACUCUCAAUGGAAAGCCGCUUCCGGAUUCCACUCCCCUCUCGCAAAAAUCCCCAAUCGCCCCUCUCUCAACCCUAACCCUCCACCUCCGCUUCAACGGCGGCGGCGGCGAUGGCGGCGCCACCGGGGCGGAGUCCCGCGACUGCUACCUUAACAUGUACGCCAUCAAAAAGCCCGACAAGGCCGACCCGAACGAGAUGCGCCUCUCGAAAUGGCUCAAUUGCAGCUUAUCCAACGAGCCGCUGAGGCACCCGGUGGUUAUCGAUAAAUUGGGGAAUUUGUUCAAUAAGGAAGCUUUGGUCGAGGGUUUGUUGAAGAAGAGUCUGCCCAAGCAGUACGGCUACAUCAAGGGUUUGAAGGAUAUGAUCGCGGUUGAUCUGGCGGAGAUUCCCGGAGCUAGAGAAGUCGGGACGGUGAAAUUCCAGUGCCCGAUAGCCGGUGUCGAAUUCAACGGGAAUUAUAAAUUCUUCGCACUCAAAAGCUGCGGCCAUGUUAUGAGCGCAAAGGGGUUUAAAGAGGUGAAAUCCUCGGCUUGUUUGAUCUGCCAUAAGGAAUUUGCCGAGAGCGAUAAGCUGGUUAUCAACGGGAGUGAAGAUGAGGUUAAGGAGCUUUGGGAAAAGCUGACGGAGGAAAAAGCGAAAGCGAAUAAUGGGAAGAAAUCGAAGAAGCUGAGGAAUGGGGAUGCGAAAGGAGAAGAGGUAGCGAAAUUGGCCGGUACGAAACAUGGUAUUGAAGGGAAUGGGGUGAAAAGUAAUGGUAAAGAGUCGACUAAGAAGUUUAAGGCGACGGCUCCUGCGAAUGCGACCAAGGCGGUUUACGAUUCGAUUUUUACUUCGUCGAAGAAGAAGUCGGAUUUCAAGGAAACGUAUUCUUGCAGAUCGUUGCCUCUUGGUAGAAACUAAUGAACUGGUACGUGUGGGGAUAUCGUAUAUCUAAAAAUUGUGGUUGAUUCUUCUGUACUGGAUUAUUGAUAAAUUCUUAAGCUUUUUUUAUAUGUUCAUGUUGUAAGUUAUUUCUACUACUUUUUGUUUGUCGUAGUUCAAUUUUAGUCGAAUGAACGUGCUUGUAGUCAUGGUAAGAACCAAAUAGAAGUUUAUUUGUCACACUGUGUGGGUAAUCAAUGACUAACGAGCGUAUGAAAGAAGAUGGAAAACGGGAUUUGCGAUUUUGAGGUUAUCAAUAUAUUGAUAUUCUGGAAAACGGAAACUUCAAUGGGAGGUUUCCUGUUAUUGAUGCGUAAAGGCUCGUCUUUUAUUCGGAGCUAAAAAGAACAACUGUUGGAUUCUAUUACAGGUUUUGAAAUGAUGUCUGUUGUCAUCCUGUCUGAAGCAUGCAACAAA